AAACAGGGUAGUUGGCAGCCGAAAGUAGUGAAGUGGUUGUAAAAGUUUUUGGGAUUUAAUUUUUUAUUUCCCCUUAUGUGAGUCGAUUGUGUUCGAUUUUUUUUCGAUGUAUACUUAUUGUAUUUUAUAUUCUUUACAUAAGUAUUACAAGCAAAUGCCUUUAUAGUAGAAUACAAAAAGAUUAUUGUUGUUGCUCUUUUGACCUUUGAUAAGUACCUUGAGUAUUCAUAAUUUUAAUUGUUCAUUAGUGAUUUUCAUUGUAUUUUGAGUCAACUUUGCCUCCAAUCAUGACUGGCUUACGAUUUGAUGGUCAAGUUGUAAUUGUAACUGGAGCGGGAGCAGGGCUGGGCAGAGCUUAUGCUCAUUUGUUUGCGUCAAGGGGCGCAAAAGUCGUUGUGAAUGAUUUGGGUGGCAGCAGACAUGGUGACGGAAGCUCAUCCAAAGCUGCCGAUACUGUGGUUGAAGAAAUUAAAAGAAAUGGUGGUAAUGCAGUGCCUGAUUAUAACUCUGUGGUCGAGGGCGAAAAAAUAGUUAAAACUGCACUCGACAACUUUGGGCGUAUCGAUAUUUUAAUCAAUAAUGCCGGUAUCUUGAGGGACAAGAGUUUCGCGAGAAUAUCAGAUCAAGAUUGGGAUUUAAUACAAAAUGUACAUUUAAAAGGUAGCUUUAAAACGUCACAAGCAGCUUUCCCAAUAAUGAAGAAGCAAAAAUUUGGCCGCAUUGUUAUGACUUCAUCAAAUUCUGGACUCUACGGGAAUUUUGGCCAAGCCAAUUACUCUGCUGCCAAGAUGGCGUUAGUUGGAUUGGCGAAAACGAUCGCCAUCGAAGGAGCUUCAAGUAACGUCUAUUGUAAUGUAAUCGUACCAACUGCUGCCAGUAGAUUGACCCAGGAUAUACUACCGCCUGAGAUUUAUGAUGAAUUAAAACCGGAAUUGAUAGCACCGGUUGUUGGUUACUUGAGUCACGAGUCUUGCAGUGAAAAUGGUUCGAUUAUUGAAGCUGCCGCAGGAUGGGCAGGAAAAUGUUCUAUUGUUAGGUCAAACGGGUCAGUGUUAAGGUCAAACAUCAAGGACAAUGUAACCUUGGAAAAUGUUAAGGAGAAUUGGGGAAAGAUCGUGGACAUGUCUGAUGCAAAGACCUUUCAAUCCAUUCAAGAUGUUACAGGCGCCCUAGUCGGUUCUUUGGAAGGGCAAGCGGGCACUACGGGAGAUUCGGGAGUAGACAGCGGGAGUGAAAAUGAGGACAUCUUUAAUUUUUCGGAUCGAGACACUAUUUUAUACGCUCUUGGUGUGGGCGCUUCACUUAAAAACCCCAAGGAAUUGAAAUUUCUAUAUGAAAACCACGAAGAUUUUCAAACACUUCCGACAUUUUAUAUUUUGCCGUCCCUUCAGGCUAAUUUUAAUUCCGAUUUUACGGCGGCCGUCCCCGGCAAAGAUGUUAACCUGAGCCAGGUAUUGCACGGCGAGCAGUAUCUCGAAGUGUUCGGUGAUUUGCAGUCGGAAGGACAGUUAAUUUCUAAAGUUACCAUCGCCGAGGUGCUGGACAAAGGCUCUGGCGCAGUUGUCGUAACUAAUGUUGAUUCGUUAAAUCAGAAAGGUGACCUGGUAGCUAGAAAUCAAAUUGUGAUAUUUGCCGUUGGGGCCGGUAACUUUGGUGGUCCGAGAACCGGUACUAAAACAAUACCUUGCCAAAAUAAACCGGACAGAAGUCCCGACGCGUCCGUUGUACAAAAAACAAGUAUAGAUCAAGCUGCGUUGUACAGAUUGUCAGGUGAUAGAAAUCCCCUGCACAUUGAUCCCGGCAUGGCCGCAGUUAGUGGAUUCGACAGACCCAUUUUACAUGGUCUGUGCAGUCUGGGAUUUUCUGUAAGGGCCGUUCUUGAGACUUUUGCUGAUUAUGAUGCGUCAUUGUUUAAAGCCUGCAAAGUUCGAUUCACUAAGCCUGUUAUCCCGGGCCAGUCGCUGAGGGUUGAUAUGUGGAAAGUAAAUAACAGAAUCCAUUUUGAAACGAUUGUGGUGGAGACAAAUACAGCUGUUAUCACAGGUGCUUACGUUGAUUUGAAGUCGGUGAAACUGUCGCAAGUACCCCCAAACAUGUCCGAUUCAAAUUUAAAAAGUGACGCCAUAUUUGAAUUUAUAAUUGAACAAGUUAAUGCGGAUCCAAGCAAAGCAAAAUCUAUCGGUGGAGUGUUCCUGUACAAUAUCACGAAAGAUGGGAAACAAGUUAAACAAUGGACCAUGGAUUUGAAAAAUGCCAAAGUGUUUCAAGGAACGCCCGAAGGAAAACCGAGCACUACUCUGACAAUUUCCGAUGAAGACUUCCUUCUUUUAGCAGAAGGCAAACUUCAACCACAACAGGCAUUCAUGAAGGGAAAACUGAAGAUUACGGGAAAUUUAAUGCUAGCCCAGAAAUUAGCACCCUUAUUGAAAACCAAUGCUAAAUUGUAAUUUCAUAUUUUCUGUAAUAGUAUAUUUCAGUGGUUGUUUCAUAUUUAGACUAUAUUUUUUUAUGGUGUUAAGUAUGCAUUUGUUAUUUUUAUUUAGAUUAAAAUGUUGAGUCUGA